CAGCCUCCUCCCCCUCCACACAUAUCAUGGACCCAUCUCACAUUGUUCUGUCGCUACAUUGAGCAUCAUCUGUAUUUUCGACGGAUAUUCCGCGAUUUCCCUUUUUGGCGUGGACAGCGCUGUGUGCUUCGCUCCAGAGGAGAGGAUAAAACUCCUGCUUUUCAGAGAAGCGCAAGACAAAGACAUGUAUCACUGGCUGCUCUACGUGUUUCUGGGUGUCUGUUCAGCUAUUGGACCCAGUAAACAGGACGAAGAGGACUAUGAAGAUGUACCCAUAAAUAAGACCUGGGUGUUAUCACCAAAGGUCUAUGAGAGCGAUGUAACGCUGAUCCUUAAUAAACUGCUGCAAGGUUAUGACAACAAACUACGACCUGAUAUUGGAGUGAGGCCCACAGUGAUUGAAACAGCUGUGUAUGUCAACAGCAUUGGACCAGUGGACCCUAUCAACAUGGAAUACACAAUUGACAUCUUCUUUGCCCAGACAUGGUAUGACAGCCGUCUGAAGUUCAAUAGCUCAAUGAAGCUGCUCAUGCUCAACAGUAACAUGGUAGGCAAAAUAUGGAUUCCAGACACAUUCUUCCGGAAUUCCCGAAAAUCAAACGCCCACUGGAUCACUACUCCCAACCGCCUCCUUAGGUUGUGGAGCAAUGGGAGAGUCAUGUACACAUUAAGGUUGACUAUAAAUGCGGAGUGUUACCUUAAGCUGCAUAACUUUCCAAUGGAUGAGCACUCGUGUCCACUGGAGUUUUCAAGCUAUGGUUAUCCUAAAAACGAGAUCAUGUAUCAGUGGCAGAGACGAGCAGUAGAGGUGGCGGACCAGCGGUACUGGAGACUCUACCAGUUUGCCUUUGUGGGGUUGAGGAACACCUCUGAUGUCGCACACACGCAAUCAGGGGAAUAUGUCAUCAUGACAAUCUUUUUUGACCUGAGUCGGAGAAUGGGUUACUUCACCAUCCAGACCUACAUUCCCUGCAGCAUGAUUGUGGUUUUAUCCUGGGUCUCCUUCUGGAUUAACAAGGACGCCGUCCCAGCACGAACAUCUCUAGGUAUCACUACAGUGCUUACCAUGACGACUCUCAGUACCAUCUCCAGGAAGUCCCUGCCAAAGGUUUCCUACAUCACCGCCAUGGACCUUUUUGUCUCUGUCUGCUUCAUCUUCACCUUUGCUGCUCUUAUGGAGUAUGGCACUUUGCACUAUUUCACCAGUAACAGACAGACAAAGAAGGCUAAAGCCAGCAACACACAGCAGAAAGCAUCAAGCAUGGUGAAUAUCCGACCCAGCCCGUCGCUGUUGCAGAUGAAUAACAUUGUACCCUAUCAUGGGGAGGAUGAUUAUGCUUAUGAGUGUUUAGAUGGAAAAGACUGUGCCAGCUUCUUUUGCUGCUUUGACGACUGCCGUUCAGGUGCCUGGCGUGAAAACAGGAUGCACGUGCGAGUUUCCAAGAUCGAUUCUUAUUCACGAAUAUUCUUUCCUACUGCUUUUGGCCUUUUCAAUCUGGUUUAUUGGAUAGGUUAUUUAUAUUUAUAAAACUGGCACCUCAAAGGACAACCGGAGCGUAUCAUAUACAAAUAUUUCACAGAGACUGAGCUACUUGUAUAUAGUUAGAAAUAGGAGGUAGUCAUUUUAACGGCUUACUGUUACCAGCCGUCCGAUUCCAGCAAGAUGCAAAAGUCAAAAUAGGAAAAGAACCCUGAAUUUCAUUGAAACUAUAGUUAUGGACAUUUGGAAUGACACCAAAUGUUUGCACAGGUUAAACUCGAGAGGACACGGAGGAGUUUUUGGCGUCACUUUUUAAUAUAGUUUGUUUAUUCCUUGCUGCUGUGAAGGUGCAUUGUAGCUGUAAUAUAUAAUGGCAAACUAUUUGAUUUUUUUAACUCUUUUAGAAAAGCCAGUAGCUAUUAUUAUAUAACUAAACUGAUUUUCAUCAGGUCAGCAGCCAAUAUUUGAAAUAUCAGCAGUGUGUUUGAGAAAUCUAUGAUCCUAUUGGUCAUUACAACACGACCACGGAGCGUGUCGCUAAAUAGCUGAAAAACUGGAGCAUUAUGAUCGGUGAGGUCAACUGGACCAGCUUCUGCUCAGAAUCUAGAAAGGAUAAAGUAUCGGCCAAACGUUGAGUUGUCAAGAAGUGGUUGUUUUUACAGAGGCCAGAUUUUAUAUUAUAACAUCAUAAAGAUGUUGCUCUGCUGAAGGCACAAUUCUGAAUUUAAAGGAAGAUACAAACUAGACUUGCAUUUCCUUUUAUACAUUUUUCCUGCAUAUAAAACACAGUGUGACUUUUGCCGCAUGACAAACAGCAGUGCGUACUGAAAUGUUUUCAGUAACAUUGUCUUAGAGUUACAACAUUUUCAAUAAAGUUUUAAUGGCAGCUUUCAACAAUUUAAAAAAAUACAAUACACUAGAUUUUUACUUAAAGCUUGCUUUGUUUCAUAUUUUUCCUCAGAAAUAACAGAGGCUCAUAAACCUUUGAGCCUAUUUUGCAGUGAGGUAGAAAAGUCUAUUUACCAUAUAUCACUGUUUAAGUCAUGCCAGUGGAAAUUUGGACCCCUGUUCUCAAAACUAUGAUCUUAAUAUUUUGGUCUUCUGUUGUUUUGUAAUACUCAAAUCAAAAUUAGGGCUCCAGCUGAAAUCAUACUUGCUGGAUAUUGGACUGUACAGUAAGUUUCUCAUAUUGUAGUGCUGUCUGAAUGUAUAACAUUGCUAUCUGGACUACGGAGAGCAAUUUCCCUUGAAAGUGUUAUGAAUGUGUGAUAUGAUCCACAAGCCUGAACUAAGAUUUACAAAUCAGCAAUUUCUGUGGAACUUCUGCAGACUCAUAAAUGCAGGCUCCAAUCCACAUACAGACACAAAGCAAUGUGACCGCACAGCUGAAGCUGAACAUAAUAAACUGUGGAAAAAUAGUCAGUAUUUAUUCAGAUUUGGAUGAACGCAUUUGUAAAAUAGUUUUACGUGCUUCAUAUUUGUGUCUGGAUUGGUGUACGCAUUAGUGAGUCCACAAAAGUUACACACAAAUCACUGCACACAUUUGUAAGUCUGAGUUUAUGCUUGUGGAUCAUAUUGUACACAUUCUUUACCAUUUUAAGGCAGAUUUCUCUUCAUGAUGCCCUCAAAGUAUCGCACAAUGUGCCAUCGUGCUCAGCACCAACAGAAAAAUGUCAGAUGGAGAAGAUGAAAGAGAAGGUGGUGCCUUAAAGAACUAUUUUUGGAUUCAAUGUUGCUACUUAAAAUAGCCACAUCAAAAAAACAGGGACUCACAUCCACAGAAAUAACAGACUUGAAAUCACUCUGCAGUUUGUUAAUAAAAUUUUUGGGGAUAGCUACAGUGAAGAGUGACAGGAAAGGGAAGUCAGGUUCAAACCCAGACCAGCUGCUCUAAGCCAUGCGGAGUAUGGUCACCUUACCGCAGCGCUGCAGUUUUAAUUUGCGACAAAUAUUGUAAAUCAUGAAGCUCAAACUUUGUUUUUGAACGGGCUCAGUACUACGCAAUUGUGAUGAUGUUAGCCAGUAUUAAGAUAAGUUCUAUUAUUGGAUUUUAUAUAAACAAUGACUGUGUAUACUAAUACAUUUAGGAUUGGGUAAUUUCCUACUGCUUAACAAAUGUGCAAACACAAAGUGCUGAAAUGAACCUACAGCAUUAUGAAAAAAUACUUACUAAGAAUUACAGGUAAAUGUUGAAGGAUACAGCUUUCAUUCCUAAAAAUACCCAUUCUUAAUAAAUGUACUAGUUAUGGUUUAAGGAGCUCCAAAAACUACAAUGACCUGGAUGACUGAGAACCUUCACAGAUACACUAGUUAUGCUAGCGCAUACUAUGUGUCUGCAUAGAACUAGUAAAGCAUUAUUUUAAAAAAGAGAUUAAAACAAAGGUCAGCAUUCAUUCAGUUCAAUUCAAUUUUAUUUAUGAAGCGCCAAAUCACAACAACAGUCACUUUAUAUUGCAAGGCAGACCAUUCUUAUUCUUUAAAACAUCAGAGAGAAAACAUCAAACUUGGGGAUAAUAUGAAUAGAUAUAAAUAUGCUACACCAAACUUUCCCAUAAGAAAACUACAGAUAAUAGUUUAGUACAUUUUCAGAUACACCAAAGAAACAUUAAAUGACGCCAUAGCAUUUCCAUAUUGCCAUAACACAGUUGUUCUGACAUUGGUGACAUGAAAAUGAUUUACUCACUUGGAGGUGUCAAUAGACAUCUCACUCUCAAACAAAAGUAUUGAAAGAAGUGGUAAUCUAUGCAAACAUUGACAGUGUAGUUAUUGUUAAAGUGUGUUCAUUUCUAGUUAACCGUCACUGAUCGAACCAAAUUAUAUAAAAUUUGAAUUACUGCAGUUAUUAGUAUUAACAAAACAGUAAAUUAGAUAACAGGUCAUUAGUAAUGAUGUUUGAGCUCUUAAACCAAAAAUCAAGCAGAAGUGUCUGAUCUUCUGUAGCAGUCAAAUAUGUCAUUUUUACUGAUUCAGGUCAAAAUAAUUAAAAGCUGAAACACAUUCAGAUGAAAGAAUGCAGUGUAGAAGUUAAUGCAGCCUUAUAAUCCUGUUACUGUACCAAAAGGAAAUUACAUAUAUAUGGUUUACAAAACAGUGGCCUGACUCUCAUCAUGACAGUGCUUUUAAAUACGACAGAUUGCAUUUCAAUAAAGUGCUGAUGAAAUAAAAUAAUAUUUUGCUUUUGAUUACUAAUCGUUCAUUAAAAAAUGUGCAUUUUGUCAAAGCUGUGUCUUUAGUGUUAGCACUGAUAGCUUGUCUAUGGCGAGAUAGGGUCUAGAAAAUGUGAUGGUCUUUCAUUCACCACAGCUUCAACACACCCCUCUUGUAACUUUUAAAAUUAUGAUUAUAAUAUGAUUCCAAUGCUUUUUAUUUAUUAAAACAAAUAUAACAAAUGUUUAUUGCUUACAAAUGCCUGGAAUGAUUAACUAAAUAGUUGCUCUAAUGAUUGAAUAAUAUUUUCCACAGCAUUGUUUUGUAAAUUAGCUCAUUAAAAAAAAAAGUGCUGUUUUCAUUCAGCCCAGAAACCUCAAAGCAUGUUGUGUGAUCAUGAGCACAGUGAGAGGAAGACUGGUAUAGAGCUAUAUGUUCAUUCUACUCAAGCCAUAUUAACACAUCUCUCACACAUCUGUGAUACAGUGCCAUUCUCUGUAAUUGUUGCUCAUAUUGUAUUGUGGCUACUAUCUCAAUACACUGUGACAAAAUAAAUCAGUGCCUAAAAACGGUUCCAAUGGUUUUACAUGACUGGAUGUUGAAGAGGGAAAACCUCCCUUAUGUUUAUCAUGUGAAAUUUUAAAACAUUUCAUGAUGCUAAUCCUAUGACACCGAUGACACUGAUUAAUAUAACUGUCAGUCAAUAUUAACCAUGUUUUUUCAAUCAGUAUUUCAUAGCCUGCCAUUGAAUUUGUGUAUUUAAUCCAGUCACACAAUUACUUUUAGCCAUGCUUCUUGUGAUAGUUAGCAACUUGUUGUUUAUGCAAUUGAAUAUUUUGUUGAUGAUAUUUCUUAUAUAAAAUUAUUUAUCUAUUUUCUUUUAAACUUGUCCUGUUCGGCAGUUUUAGCAAGCACACUCCUGGACUUUGUUGUGUCAUACACAUUUGCUUUGCCAAGAGGAGCACUAUAGACUCCAGGUUCCUCUUGUUAAUCUUAUUUUAUUUUGUUAUUCACAUUAUUAUCUCAGAGUCUUAUUAUGCCAAAGGUGACAGCUGGCGCGGGCCAAAACAAGAAGGAGAAAUAAUAAAAAAGAAAAGGUACAGAAAAAACUAAACAAAACCAUCUAUCAUGAAGCAUUUGUCCUGAUACUUGAUAUUGAGGGUAACAACCUGCAACAACAACACCCAAUUUUGAGACAAAUUUUUGCCAUCUUUGCACAGAUACAAAAAUGUAGUCUGCUUCUGUCCUGGGCUGGCCAAAUUUGUGUUGAUCCAGUCAAAGUCCAGUCCAUGGUAGACUGGACGGUUUCCACAUCCAGAAAAGUGUUACAGCACAUUUUAGCCUUUUAUUGCUGGUUUACCAGGAUCUAUACAAAAAUCUUUGCUCCGUUAACCUGACUUCAGCCCAGGAAGCCUUCAUCCACCUUAAGCAUUGGUUUCCGUCUUUACCUGUUCUGGCUCAACUGGGUCAUUCUCUGCAGUUCACUGUGGAGGUCGAUGCUUCAGAUUCUGGGGCAGAUGCAGUGUUAUCCCAGAGAGUGAUUGAUAAAAUGCACCCCUGUGCUUUCUUUUCUCAUCGCCUGUUUCCCACAGAACACAAUUAUAAUGUGGGGGACCAAGAACUGCCGGUGAUGAAGCUGGCACUGGAACAAUGGAGGGACUGGCUUGAGGGAGGUGAACAUCUCUGUGACGUUUGGACUGAUCACCUGGCAUAUGGCCAAACAGCAGUAUGACUAAACACAUGUCAAGCCAUCAUGAUCCUUUUCCACCCAGGCUUCCGGAAUACUAAGCCAGAUGCUCUCUCCCGCCAGUUCACAAUCUUGGAACCCCACCCACCGAAUGGAGAGUGAACUGAUCCACCCAGCCCGGUGCAUCAUUGGAUCCCUCACCUGGGAGAUCGAGUCUCUGGUUGGCACAGCAAAGCAAAAAGAGCAGGAGGGCCUCCUAAUCAUGCGUUUGUUCUUUCAGAUUUUGCCUGCCGAUUCCAUUUGUCCAGUUGCCUUCCCUUAGAGGUGGCUUGUCAAGGUGUCUCCACUUCCUUGUUGGUUGCUGACCUGUAAGAGAUCAGCUGAUUAGCUCACCUGUUGCUCAUCAGGUUAUUAUCCUGGCCUCUUAAGACUGAAGCAAACAGUCAGUCAUCAUCAGAUCAUUUUGUCAGGCCUCAGUCAUUUAAGGCUUGCUUGAUUUCUGCCAGUCUAGUACUGGAAUUAAUCUGUUUCUGUGUAUACCUCUCAGCAUUUUCUGAUCCCUGUAAGCUUUUGUGACUGAUUGCAUGUGUCUUUGGACAACCUGUAAAAUCUUUGUCAUCUCUCUGAUGACGCCACGGCAUCACAGACAAUGAUUUUCUUUGUUCACUUAGUCUAAUCCAAAAUGCUGCAGCAAGGGUACUGACAGGGACUAGAAAGA